AUGCCACCAGUAUCUUCAUCCAAAGCCAAGAGAGAGGCCAAGAAAGCUGAAAGGGACGCCAAAAAGGUUGCCGCAGGUAAGACCGUCCGUAGAACUAAGAAGAAGAAUGAAAAUGAAGAAGAUGAAGCUGAGGUUGCAGCAAGGGAAAUUGAAAAAUUAAAAUUACAACAGGAUGAACACGGUAUUUCUGAUAGAGUUGUCACUGGUGUCUUAGCUUCUUUAGAAACCUCUAGAGAUAUUAAAUUGACCUCCGUUUCCCUGUUAUUCCACGGUAAAGUUUUAAUUCAAGAUUCUAACUUGGAAUUAAAUUACGGUAGAAGAUACGGUCUAUUGGGUGAAAAUGGUUGUGGUAAAUCCACUUUCUUAAAGGCCCUUGCCGCUAGGGAAUAUCCUAUCCCAGAACAUAUCGAUAUCUACCUAUUAGAUGAACCUGCUGCUGCCACUGAAUACUCUGCUUUAGAAUAUGUUGUUAGAGAAGCUCAAAAUGAAUUAAAGAGAUUGGAAGAUUUAGUUGAAAAGAUCACCAUAGAAGAUGGUCCAGAAUCUGAAUUAUUAGACCCAUUAUACGAAAGAAUGGAUUCUCUAGAUCCAGAUACUUUUGAAAGUAGAGCCUCCAUUAUCUUGAUUGGUUUGGGUUUCAACGCUCAAACUAUCUUGAAGAAAACUAAGGAUAUGUCUGGUGGUUGGAAAAUGCGUGUUGCUUUAGCCAAAGCUUUAUUCGUUAAACCAACUUUAUUAUUAUUAGAUGACCCAACUGCGCAUUUAGAUUUGGAAGCAUGUGUUUGGUUAGAAGAAUAUUUAAAGAGAUUCGACAGAACUUUAGUUCUUGUCUCUCAUUCUCAAGAUUUCUUAAAUGGUGUCUGUUCCAAUAUGCUUGAUAUGAGAUUACAAAAAUUAACCGCAUAUGGUGGUAACUACGAUUCUUAUGUCAAGACUAGAUCCGAAUUAGAAACUAACCAAAUGAAACAAUAUAAUAAACAACAAGAAGAAAUUCAACAUAUCAAGAAGUUCAUUGCUAGUGCAGGUACUUAUGCAAACUUGGUCAAACAAGCCAAAUCCAGACAAAAGAUUCUUGAUAAGAUGGAAGCUGAUGGUCUUAUUCAAGCAGUUGUCCCAGACAGAGUUUUCUCUUUUAGAUUUCCUCAAGUUGAAAGAUUACCUCCACCAGUUUUAGCAUUCGACAACAUUUCCUUUGCAUACGAUGGUAAUCCAGAACACAAUUUAUACGAAAAUUUAGAUUUUGGUGUUGAUAUGGACUCUAGAAUCGCUUUAGUUGGUCCAAAUGGUGUUGGUAAAUCUACUUUAUUAAAGAUUAUGACAGGUCAAUUAAUGGCACAAGCUGGUCGUGUUUCAAGACACACACACGUCAAAUUAGGUGUCUACUCACAACAUUCUCAAGAUCAAUUAGAUUUAACCAAAUCUGCUCUUGAAUUCGUCCGUGACAAAUAUUCUAGUAUUUCUCAGGAUUUCCAAUACUGGAGAGGUCAAUUAGGUCGUUACGGUUUAACUGGUGAAUCUCAAACUGUUCAAAUGGGUACUCUAUCUGAGGGUCAACGUUCUCGUGUUGUUUUCGCCUUACUAGCUUUAGAACAACCAAAUGUCUUAUUGUUAGAUGAACCUACCAAUGGUUUAGAUAUUCCAACUAUCGAUUCAUUAGCUGAAGCUAUUAAUGAAUUCAAUGGUGGUGUUGUCGUAGUUUCUCACGAUUUCAGAUUAUUAGAUAAAAUUGCUAAAGAUAUUUUUGUUGUUGAAAACAAAACAGCAACAAGAUGGGAAGGUUCAAUCUUGGAGUACAAGACCAAAUUGGCAAAGAAUGUUGUCUUGUAG